GCUUCCGUGAAAGUCAGCGAACUGGAUGUGACGCCGGUGGAAAUGAAAAAAAAAAAAAACGUAGAAGAAGAAAAGGGUAGGCAGGCAGGCAGACCUCCGCCUACUUGGACAAAGAGUAAUCAAGCAAAACAGAAAAGGAUACUGGGGUUUUUAUAUCAACUUUGAGGUAAAUAAAGAAACUUACUGAUUUCUUACACGAACAGCGGUCAGUUGACUGUUUCUAUUUUAGAGUAAGUGGAGCUGUGUCUCUGUAAGGUUAGCAUUAGCAGGUUUGUGAUCUGCUCACCUGGUUUCUUACUAAAGGAAGGUGUCGUUGUUGUCAUGAGCUGUUGGAGCUGCUAGCUACGACUCUACCAAAGAGAUAAUCGCACAGUACUACUCAGUUAUGCUCAAAGUAAAGCAGUUUACGGGUUUAAUGCUGUCGUGUGUAUCUGAUGUUUCCACAGCUCCUGUGUUCGGGUCAUGAGAGACCAGGAGGAGCAGCAUGAAUGAACUCCAGUGAUUUUAUCAGACACGGACACUGUCAUAUCUGACCCGAGUUCACAGAAAUGCCUUGGUGCCUAAACACCAAACGAAAGUGUCACUUUUGACCAUACAGCCAGGCUCUACCAGACCUCUUGUAUAUAUAUAUCCUUCCUGUCAGAAAGCACUUACACUGUGUUAAAAACGGGGUAAAAACAGUCUAUCUCCAUAUCAACCAUGGUAGACAACCGUUAUGCCACAGCUCUGGUCAUCGGCUCUGUGCUGAGUCUGCUGGCCACAGUCUACCUCUCUGUGGCUGUGGGAACUCAGCACUGGUACCAGUACAGCAGUCCACCCAGGAGCAAUGCCACCGAGCUGAGAGACAAGCUCAGAGAUGAGUUCAUCAACGGAGAGUUUGGUGAGAAAGCAUACACCACCCCCAUGUUCCUCCUAAACGGCACCCUGGGACUGUGGUGGAGGUGUAUCAUGGUGCCUGGAGAGACGCACUGGUUCAAAGAGCCAGGUAAGACUUCCUGUUACGUGGUCAAACACGGUAUGUCUCGCUGCAUUACACAAAGUCGAGAUUGAAAUUUUGAAGAAGAUAUCUUAAAAACGUAGAGCUUUUCAAAUAUAAUGUUGUGGAAUUAAAGUUCAGUCAAAGUGAAAGUAAAAGUGUAUUUUCAGCAUGAUAACAGGCCUUCAGAGUGCUGGUGUCUGCAGUCUUUAAACACUGACAGAGAGUGUUUGAGACAGAAACUCAAAUAAAAGUUUUAACAUUACAAACAUUACAGAAAAAUAUUAUUUAUGGUAGAAAAUAUUUUGGCACAUAUUCACAUUUUAGGUGUGGAAUUUCUCAGUGCUAUAGCUCAGUAUCGUUCAUCUCCUACCCAUCAAUUUUGCAGUGUUAAUUCCAAAACACUUGUUACAGUAGAAGAAGCUUCCUCAGUAAGCCUGAUAGUAGACACAUUUCUAUGGUCUGGUGUUGCUUUGUGUUGUCGUGGUGACCUGCCCUGUUUCUUAUCUGAGUGCUGAUAAAUAAUAACAGUGACUUAAGUCUGUUUCCUCUAAUUCUGACUUUAGAUCCAAAGAUGGAGAUGCAGUGUGUGAGCUUCACGCUUCCUCAGCAGUUUACUCCAAAGUACAAACUGGAUGGAAACAACGACCAAGAAGAUCUGCUGAGAACAUGUGAGUCUCCAAUGUUGGUUAUUUUUAUAUUUAUAGGAUCCUUUUUCACCUGAAAUGUCCAGGCCCUACAUUUUAAAGCAGUCUAAAUGUUUUUACUGACUUUUUCUUUUCCCUUCCUGGUGUUACCACUAGUUUAAAGAAAAAAAUGUACUCAUUCUCAUACACCACCUGUCUAAAAAGAUCUCAAAUGUACUCUUGAGAAACGACUUCUCACUUCAGACUGUUCUUCAAACUGUGGCUUUAUUACUGUCUUAGUGUACAACCGCCAUCUUUUCAUACACAAAGUUCCUGUUCUUGUGUUCUAGUUAAUCUUACAUCUGUUUUUGUAUUUAGACUUGUGGAGGUGCCAGUUUCUCCUGCCCUUAGUAUCAUUGGCUUUGGUGUUUCUGAGUGGCCUUGUUGGCGUCUGCGCCUGCCUUUGCCGCAGCUUCACCCCUACCUUGGGUGUGGGGGUGCUCCACCUACUUGCAGGUAAGACAAAUGCCUCCAUAUUCCCCGUAUUAUAGCCAUAGAUAUAGACAGACAGACAUAAACUACAGAAAAAAGACUGAUGUACGAGUGUUAUCUCCAGGCUUCUGAUGGGACACACAUGCUCAAAGCUUUACCUCCAUCUUGAAAUAUGUGUUGGCAGGAAAUCUUAAGGCAUGGUGCAGUAGGAUGGUUGGUACCAUACUUCUGCACACCAACCUGCUGCUAGAGAGGCCUCUGUAUGUUCAGAGUUUUGGUCCUGCCAAUACACAAACUUACUGAGCUGUUAAAAUGCCGACAAUGGAGCAUUACAGCAGCACUUCCACAAACUAAUUUUUGACAUAGGCAUCUACUUGCAUUCUGUUGGGGAUGCUGAAAAUGUGGAAACCUGUCCAGUCUUUCUCCUCUUAUUUUUUUAGGUAAUAUUAACUCUCAAAUUUCACAGAACAGAAUAACUGAACUUUAGAAGGCUAAUGAGGGCACAGUGUAUGGGUAGGGCUGGGGGAUAAAACGAUAAAGAUAUGUAUCGAAAAUUAAUUUCCCUUAAUAUCAAUAUAAAACAUGGUCAAUAUGCUUUUCGAUAACCGGCUUUUUGCCAUGUUUUGGUAGACCAUACAAAGUGCCAAUGGAAAGGGAAGUUGCUCCGGGUCCACACUGCGCUGAACCAAUCAUGUGCUGAAUUAGAACCAAAUAGCAAACAACUGUGUAGUAGCAGGCUGCAGCUACUCGCAACCAUAGCACUUUAACACAUGAAGCCGACAGCACUGUCGGUGAGAAAAAAAGAACAUUAGUGCUACCCCCAUCAGAAAUGCAGGUGAAGGCUCCACAGAUGACAACAUUGUUGACAACACUGACACAAAAACGUCAGUGGUGUGGAGGUAUUUUGGUAUUUUGGUGUUGGACAUGAAGCAGAGUAAUGUGCACUGCGAAUUAUGUUUAGUAUAUGUUUUCGCAAAGUCGGGGAAUACCUCAAAUACUUUCAAAUCAUUCAUCUCACUUUCUGGAGCGCAACGCCUUACAACAAAAUAUUGAGGAGACAAAAGACCUCACAGAUGCAGUAGCUUAUUGUAUUGUAAAAGACAUGCUACCAAUAAGCACAGUUACAUUUCAUUUUUUAUAUCUUGAUACAUAUCGAUAUCAACUGAUAUGAAAAAAAUAUAUCGUGAUAAACUUUUUCCCAUAUCGCUCAACCCUACAUAUAAAUAUAAAAUAUGAAUUAACAUAGAAUAAAUCAAAUUUAUUUCACUUUGAUUGUGACAAACUGUUACGACAGAAGAACACACUGAAAACACCCGCACAGACCAGCAUGUAUUUGUUUGGAUGAUGCUGCUCAGGUCAUGUGCUGGUUUAUUUCGUGAUCCCUAUAAGCUGUGCUAGCAGACCAGAUUAGCUUUACUGAAAGCCAACUAAAAUUACAGUCGAAAAGAUUUUAAUCCAAAUAGCAAAUAGUCGUCACACCAGCUUCCAAAAAGGACAAGCAGUUGGGAUCAUUUGUAUCUCUCCCGCUCAUCAGGUCUGUGCACUCUCGGAUGCGUUUGCUGUUUCCUUGCCGGGGUGGAUUUGCUCCACCAGUACUCCAAACCACCUGAAGGGGUGGUGGACUCCCUGGGCUGGUCCCUCUACCUCGCUCUCAUCUCCUUCCCUCUGCAGAUGAUGGCAGCUGCUUUGUUCAUGUGGGCAGCCAGAAGUCACCGCAAAAACUACACCCGCAUGACUGCUUACAGAGUAGCCUAAAAAGAGACUGCGACAACGCGUUACCUUAAAACCGCUUACUGAUCAGUAGAGUUUCUACACAGUCUUGUUUCUGUUUUUAAAAAAAAAGUAUGUAAGUCCUAGAAAUGUACCGGUUGUAAUUUUUCACCGUCUGUGUAAUAAUCUUCAAGUAGGUAACACCAUCACAUGUUAUCAGGUAUAGUGGGAACAAAGCAAACCAUUUUGCAGCUAAUCAUCAUAAGUGCUCGUAUGUAGGGGUUUCAUAUCUUUGAGAGUUUUCUGUUUGCCUUUUAAAUCAGACGUAUCUGAAAAGCAUGUUUGUUAUUAUUAAUCAGCAAGAAUAUUCAGAGUGGUUUAUUUUUUCUUGACCUGUGUUGCCGUGCAUUACUUCAUUUCAGUUGCCAUUGCUUCAAAAGCUGCUCAUCACCACAUUGACCUUAAAUCAAUAACAGGUUCUAAACUUGCACAAACUUCAGAUAUUUACGUAUCUAAGCCAGGGUAGCUUUUACUUUUAAGUGCAUGAGAAAUAUUUAAGAGCCAUUUUUCUUAAGUUUUUGAUUUGUUUGGUUUAUUAUUAUUCGUUUUUAGGUUAAUCCAAAUGAAUUCAGCCUUUGCUUUGCAUGCCUUUUAAGCUUGUAUUUCUGUCACCAGUGGCAAUAAAUGAUUUCAGUCUGUGGUAUGUGUUUACUAAAUGUCACUCCUCGAACUGUAACCACUUAUCCCCCCCACUGUGUUUUAAGGUAUGUUUAUGUAUACCGUUGCUUUGAAUGUAAAAAAAAAAAAAGAUUUGAUGCCACUCAAGAAAGAAAAACUUGUGAUCUCUUUGUGACAUUUAAUUUUGAUGUUGAAGCCUAAAUUAUACUACUGCCGUUUAGCAUUUGUUAUCAUGAAGAUACACUGUUUAAAGCUGCAGUACUUCAGGUGAAUUUCUUAUCCCACCUAAGCUUCAUCAGUAAGUCAACUGACCUGAUUGACAGCCAGGUCGAAGUUGAAGUGUUUCUGAAAUGUUUCUUUUUCAUCUUCUGAGGUCUAAGAGUCUGUUGUUUCAAACAAAAACUGAAUUUUAAAAAACGAACUUUUUAAGUAAAAAAAAAAGUUAAAAAUGAACUGAAAUGAGUAACAUUUAACACUUAAGGAGGGGUUUCAUGAGUUUUCUACUUCAUAGCACCAAAAAGGAAGUUGUGAUGUUUUUUGUGUCACAAUGUUUUGUUACAUGUUUGAUGUGUACACACUUUGGCUUUUGUAAAAUGUUAUGUAUUCUGAAGCACACUGUACACACUGUAUCAAUAAAUUUGUCAUUCGUUGACUGGUGCGUGACUUAA